AUGAUGAUGUUUUCGCGCUCCACCGCAAGCAGCAGCUCGCCUGUGGUGCAUCACCAGGCCUUCCGGAAGCUGACGGAGAUGCUGCAGUCCUGCUCGGAGAACCAGUGCUGCGCCGACUGCGCGUCGCGGCUCAACGAUUCCAUCUGGGCCAGCACCACGGUUGGCGCGUUCCUGUGCAUCCACUGCGCUGGCGCGCACCGCAAGCUGGGCGUGCAGGUCUCUCGAGUCAAGUCGCUGCACCUUGACACGUGGUCGGACGAGGAAGUCGCGGCCAUGAAAGGCGGCAACAAGAACGUCAAUGAAGUAUACAGCAAGCACCUCGACAAGUGGAUCGAGGUGGAUGGAUCCCUCGAACUGCUGCCCAAUACCGCGACUGAGAUUCGGGAGAAGUGUAUCCGAGCCAAGUACGAAGACCGACAGUUCACUAAACUUCCGCAUUCUUUUGCAUCGAGAGAGGAGAAAAAUCAAGACAGCCCUGAGAUUCCGGAGGAACCAACAUCGUCCGCACCCUCUGGUGGUGCGGCUGAAGCAUCAUCGGCGUCUUCCCAUCGAGCUACGGCGGAUCAGAAUCAGCAGCGAGGACCCGGUCAAGCAACGCAAAAUGACGAACCUACGGUGGUGAAACCAGGUAGCGUUGUCGAAGUGACCAAGCGCUUUCUAAACUAUUUUGUUGUGAUUGGUCGAGGCGGUUUGAUUCCAGACCAGAACAUUGAGAAAACGAAAAGCCCAACCGAGAUUCGAUUUCUCCCUGCCGUGCUGGACAUGUUUCCCGAGAUGUAUGCGGAUUCACCACUACCAGCGCAUAUUGGAGAGUUCGCUUUUCCUGAAGGGUUUGUCCUGAGCAAAUCCUAUGUAGCCCCCGUAUUCUUCUCCUUUGUUCUCACGAAUGUGAGUGGAGUCAAAAUUUACGCGUGCGCGCUGAGAUUUUAUGAAGAGCUGCAUCCGCUGGAAGUGGUUUCUUUGAUAGCGCCACACUAUCAUCGCCAACGUCACCGACGCCGACCAUCAAAUGGUCCACACCAGCCCGAUGAAAACGACGAUAACCAGCGCACUCAGCUACCGCAGUGGGUUCAAGAUCUCUCUGGAGACGUAUCGAGUGCUCCCGGGCCCGUGUUUUGCCCCAAGUGUAUCGUAGUGACGUCACAUUAUCCGUACUUUUCUGCUUUCCGGCAGUUCCUCCAACAGAUCUACCGAGUAACGCUUUCGGAAUCCCCGAUGCCGAUUGAGCGAUAUAUAGCCAACUUUCUGGUGGAGAUACCGCUGCCUCCUCCCGGGCAGAUCCAAGUCCAGCUAACUCUGCCGGAUCGCAAUCUGAUUAUUUCGCGCCCUCCGAAGAAUGAGCUCCCUUUGGUCGAUUUUCCCUUUCGACCCCUUUUUCAAGUUUUGGAUCUAAACAACGUGCUACUGGUAUUCUCUUGUGUAGCUUUGGAGCUCAAGGUCGUACUAUGCUCGAAGCACAUUGGCAUACUAACUCCAGUUGCUGAGGCACUACUAGCAAUUUUGCUGCCCUUUUCUUGGCAAGGAGCAUAUAUACCGGUGCUCCCGACGUCUCUCCUUGACGUCAUUGACGCUCCUGUCCCGUUCCUAGUAGGCACACACUCGGACUGCCUGAAGCAGGUAGCAGGCAGAACGUCUAACGUUGUGUUUGUGGAUCUGGAUCACAAUCGUGUAAUUCCAGCUGUGGAUGAUUCAGGGAAAACCAUCGCCGUGCCAAAAAUCCCAGAUCGAGAGGGGUCUAAGCUACGUACAAAGCUGGCCGAAGUUGCAAGCAUUUUCGACCCGUACGCUGCCGGAAUCAGUCGAGUGGAUUUGGCCUUUCCGAACGAAGAACAUCUUGAACCAAUUGGCAAUUUUGCUUCGGAUCAUGGACAGACCAUCCCUUUGUCGACAUCUUAUUCAGAGUCGAGCAUGUCAGACUCGAUUAAUUCGCACUAUUCAAUUGCGAAGAUCAGACGUGGCCGUAGAUCCAGUGCAGCAUUUAGCCUUCCGUCUUCGUCUCUGGCUCCAUCUCCCUCAGCUUCGUUUGCCCGAAGUAACUCGGGUCUCAAUCGGCACACAUUCUCGUUAUCGGCGUCAGCAACGUCUCCGACCGGAAAUGAUGCAAGUGGGGGGUUGACUGACAGCCGAUACAACGAAACGGACAACUUUUCAACCGAGGGGGCCCGUAAAGCAUUCCUACGCUUCUUCGUGACGAUUUUUAAGAAGUACGCAAGUUAUUUGGUGAGAACCCCAACGCUCUUUGACAGCAAGCGGUUCGUUCAUGACAAUUUCGACACUGCAUCGCGCCCAUUUGUCACCCAGCUAGUUGCAACGCAAAUGUUCGAUCGUUUUGUUGAAGAUCGAGUGUUCAAUCAGCAACUUCCAGAAGUUAUGUUCUUCGAACAGUCAAUCAACCAGAAGCUGAACCGCUCGUUGACAAUUGGCAAGAAGAAGUUCGACUGCAGUUUCUUGGAUGAUCGCUCCGAUGAAAUUCAAGAAACGUUUAUUGCCCCACCUCCUUCCAAUAUUGGGCUUCCUGAUGACGGUACUAUCUACAAGUACAAAGCAUUUCCACGACUCAAAAAAGCUUUGUUCGGCAAUGUUAGGAAGCCACGUGAACUGUAUUCAUCACGUGAGCAGCAGCGCAAUGUUUCGCGAGUGAGCUUUCACCAAGGGAUGUUCAAGACAGCCAAGUCCUUCAUUGGCAGUGGUGCCAGCUGGGAAGCAACCCGCCAUCUCAUCAUCAGCCUUCAGACACAGUUCCGAAUGUACAGCGCACGAAAGAAGUACCACCGGCAAAGAAAUGCUGCUAUUUUGAUUCAGCGCUGGGUUAUUGCUCGGAUGAAGGGAAAAGAUGAUCGUCAAUAUUUCUUAGCUUUGCGCAAUGGAGCGAUUACGAUACAGAAGGUAUAUCGCGCACACUACGCGGUAGCCAAGUAUCGGGCUCAACGCAAAGCACUGGCGAAACUACAAUUUGCUGCCAAGGGGUAUAUUGUCUACGCACGAUAUCAACGGGUAUCGCGAGGUUUUCGUUGUCUGCAAGCACUAUGGCGUGGUAGCUUUUACAAGCGCAGCUACAAGAAUCUGAAGUAUCAAGUUGUGCGAGCGCAGAGUCGCAUUCGAGGUUUUCUGUCUCGGAAGCAUACUUCAAGGUGGAAAACUUGCAUGUUUGAGGAAUGCCGCCAAAAAGUCUACAACCUGUGGAGCCGAUGUGAUACACCUCUCCUGUAUCGAUCCAAAUUCUGGCUCACGUUUAAUCGGUCUGACUUCUUUACAAUUGGGGUCCGAGGAUCUGCAUUCACUGCGAUAAAGAGCAUCGUGAGCCCGAAAGCAGGGGGAUCGCAUAAAACGAUCAAGGAAGUCACUGCCAAAAGAAUCAAGGUAGAGCGUGGUAAAGUAUAUACUGGGCUAAAACUCCACACACAACAUUUGGUCCGGCUGGAGUACUACAAAAAGUUUAGCAUUGAUCCGGGCUCAAAAAGAAAGAAGAAAAGGCUUGCGGCGCUUGUUUGGACCAGCUACGAAACAGCGGAAAUGAGUGCAGAGGUUGUCGUGUCUACCUCUAUUACGUCAGACCAGCCCCACGCUCUUCCAGCCCAAAUCGAUCACCACAAGCAGCUUCGUCUUCGGGACGACUUGGCGUUUACAGUCAAUGCGGCGCUCAAGUCGAUCCGAGUAUCAGCAACGGGCACUGCUGAUUGUUCGUCACCGAUGCAUUUACCGCGCGACCGUGCGCUCGACGAACUGCAACACCAAGUACGCAUGCUCGCGCUGCAGAACCGCCGCCUUACAGGAGACCUCGCGGCAUCGAGACGCGAGACGAGCGAGUUGCGCGUGAAGCUUCAGAAAGCACAGCAGCAGUCGGCGCAGCAGCUGCAGCGCACGCGCUCCAACAACCUUUAG